ACGAUUAUAUGCAUAAAUAAAUAUAUAAAAAACUGCAAACUGCUGAGAGAUCUGUUGUGAAAAGUUGUAUUUUUUAUGAACAGAUGUAAAUGUAAUAUUCUCAUACAGAUAAAAUGUACAACAGUUGCUAAAAAGAAAAGAAAAGAAAAGAUUUUAAGCACUCAAUUUAUUAAAAAAAAUCCACUAUGGCGUGUUGCUUCCGUAUGCUGCAGUACAUAAUUGCGUUGAUGUUACUGGCUGCCAUUGGUCUGCUGGUAACAGCGGCUUGUGUUGAUUAUUGGUGGAAAUGGGAGAUAACUGGAAUGGAAAGUGGGAACAAGGGUUUAUGGCGAACCUGUUUACCAAAGGUUGUCGGAACUAAUUCAAAGACUUGUUCGCAGAGAGAUGACAUUUUUCAGUUUUCGCAGCACAAAAAUUUGGACAUGGUUUUAGCAACACUGUGUGGUGGUGGAGUGUGUUAUAUCAUUUCUGUGGUUUUGAUAUUCAUAACAAUUUGUCAAAAAUAUCCAACGAAAUGCUUCAUUCUCGUGGAAGCAAUUGUGACCUUUCUUGGAGUUGGCGCAUGCGCAUUCAGUGUCACGUGGGCAAUAUUAGAAAUACAAGAUGAGAACUUGAAUUGGGCAUUUUAUUUGCUUUAUGCUGCAGGCGGUUUAGGAGUACUUACGUUUUUCUUCUCGUUGGUAUUACUCUGCAUGCGCGCUCCUGGAGCCUAUCACUCAACGCGUCGAGACGAUGAAAUUAUCAUGCUGUCAAGAUAAAUCUCUUUAACACUUCUGCAGAUUAUAAGAGGUAUUGAGAGAAUAUCAGAAUACUAGUCGUUGCCCGUGGAAAAAUCCACGGGUUCGCCCGUCCUUUAUAUUUACCCGUCGCAACAAAGUGGAUAAAAGUAUAUCGCAUUUGAUAUUCGUGUUUCCGUAACAUCAUUUUCUAACUCAGCGGGGGGUCCGCGCAGAGACAGACAGACGGAAUACGGCUAUUAUAAUAGAGAUGUGUUCACGCAUGAUUAUUUCUAUUUCGGGAUUUGAAAAGAGUGUUGACUCAGCAAGUCGCAAAUGACGAUAUGUUUUUGAAUUGUUAUAUGUUCGCGUGACGUCAAUAACGACAAUGUGAUGUGGUGUUCCGUAAGAAAGGCCUUCUCCUAUUGCUUCUUUUUACGAAGUUUAUCUCCGAUAUAAAAAUUGUGUCGUAUGUUCCCCUAACAUAACGUUAAAAUUAGGAGCUUGUAGACACUUCAAAAAGAUCUAUGUAUAAGGUUUUAUGUGUGAGGUUCGCCGAAACUGUGUUACAAUAUUUCCAUCUCAGUAACUCCUUUGUUGUAUAUAUGUAAUGAUUGGUGUUGUUUUCAAUUUUUUACACACUAUAUAUGUGAAAAGAAACGACAGUGGUCGCACGAGUAUUUAUUUGAAUAAAAAAGAUUUUUUUUUUACUGAAAUAUAUCUAAGAUUGAGAAGACUA